AUGCGCCCGCGCAUUCUCUGCACCUGCUUGCAACAGUCCCCAUUACCAGAGAGAUAUGUAACAUUGAAAGUGAAGAAAAAAGCCAAACGAUCGAAAACAUACAAAAUCACUCACCUAUCGGGAACAAGUGAUACACAAUCAUCGAACGUCAGCCCAGUCACAAACGAAGAAAUAUUUUUAAAGACUGAGCAGCAAGAAAAAAUAUCUCCAAAUUUUGUUAACUGCUCCCCAAACGACAAAUCUUCUUCAAAUAAUACCGCCAUUCCUGUUGAAAUUCAAGAGACGAGGAUGAUAUUUAAAGAACCGACGUGGAACGCUGAAAAGUUAGAAAUUUCAGACUCAAUAUGCAGCGUGAAAUCGGAAAUUUUAUUGUCCACGAAAUCUCCAAAAGUUAUAAAAAAGAACACAAUUUCGACAAAAGUUGCAAACAACUUUGAUGAAUUUAAAAAUGAAAGCCACGAAGACCUGAUGAACAAAAAUAUUCCAAGUAAAUUUAUAUUCGACGAUUACGCCAGAUAUGAACCUGACUCUUGUCCAUCCACUUGUAGAAGCAUAAAAACCGAACUGCUCUUGAAACCAACCAAAGAAAUUGGAAAACAAUUACUUAAAAAUGCUAAAAAUAAAGCGCAACACGACGACGAUGGUAACGACAGCAAUAAUAAUGUUGGCGUUGAUAAUAUUUUUCAAACAAGUCAACUGCCGUCCAAAGCACUGAAUGAAAAAUUGAAUGGAGUUUUACAAUCGGAAGAACAUGCAGACGACAAAGAAACAUUAGAGGAGCGUGAGCAUAGUGAUGACUCAAUUGAGUUUUCAUCCGUUCAAUCAUCACCCUACGUGCAAUCGACGAAAAAUAACUCAAGUAUAACAAACAUUCAGAACUUUUUAGAUCAAUUAGAAAAUAAUUAUGAACCCGGAUCGAACAAUAAAGAGAUUUUUCAAAAAAAUGACGUUGAAUCAAGUGAUAAUUUUGCGGAAGAUGGCAUUCAAUUGAAAGAACCUCAGAAAACUACUCGUCCGAGGACAUCAACCCUGAAACGAAACAAAGCAACUCCUGUUAUCGAUUCAUACCACGAAGAUCUCAAUACGAACAGAUCUAUAAACACUGGAGUCAGUUUGGGUCAAGAAAUUGUUCAAAUGAGUCGUUUGAACACCUACACACCUCCUGUAAUAAUCAAUUCAACUAAACGUAAAAUGUUCGUACCUCCCCAUCGUAAGGCCGAUGAUUUAUCUUCUGUAACUUCUAAAACAUCUUCAUCGCUGAUUUCGGUUGCUAACGAAAAUAUAUUUUUAAGAAAUAAAAACGUUGUGAAGAAUAAUGCUUUGAAGUAUGACAAAGAAAAAUCUAGAUUCAACAGUUCUCGUUCAGCUGUAAGAAUUAGUGCAUCGAUAAAUAACGUGAAUAAAUCGAGAAGAGAUUCAAUAGAAAGUGGCAGUACAAUUUCAAAUGCCAAUCUUGCUAUCAAUGGCAGCUCCGUGAAAGGGCGCCCGACAAAAAAUUUUACUUUCAUCGAGACGCAGAAUUCUCCGAAGCCUCUCAGAAAGGAUAAUGUAUCCUGUUUGACUUCGCUAAUGAAACAUUCUGCACAAAUACAAAUCAUUUCAGGAAAUCUUUUGGAAUUUAUGAGGUUUCAAUAA